ACCCAAAGCCGAAUUAUCGAGGACGAUCCAAGGAUCGACUCGAGCUUCCUUAUCAUUGAGUCACCGUUUUCGACGGGAUCGCGGUGCCAGUGGUUGUGUAUACAGCCCGAGGCGAGAAAUCCUCGUGGUAGGGACCUGGGACCAGUUGUUCUAAUCUCUUACGACUGGCAAAUCGCGAGUCGAACCGCGUUAGUAUUACGCUCGAUGUCAGCGUGGACGCUCGACGUCUCCAAGUCUCCUCUUCCUUGUGCUCUCCCUUGUUUCCCAUCGUAUUCUUCCUCGCGGUCCACUUCUUCAACGAUCGCGGAUCCAUCGAUCUCAUCCCCGUCUGGAGCUUCGUUGUUUCGUAGUCGAACGGUUCGUGCCACGCGAAGGGACGAUUAUCGUGGAGCGAACGGAAUCGUCUCCGUUUUAAGACUCGUUUUCCUGGUUUUCCGUAGUCGCGACAAUUUAAAAGUCACGCUCCGAGCAUGAGGACGGGAAUCAACGUCCCCGGGCAGUGAAUCAGCGGUGUCUGCCGGUGGAAAUCGUCGACGAGGAUUGGCUUCUUUCUGGGAUCCAACAGCAAUUAAGACACGAGGGAGCCCUCCGCGGACAAUGGGAACAAUGAGGAACAAUUUCGCCGAGGCCUUUGUGCUCCUGCUGGUCCUGAUGCUCCCGACGAGUCAAUCUUUCCCGCACGGCAAAGAGAGUUCCUCGAGGAGAAACAGUUUAACCAACACUUUAACGUCGAAGGUUCGGUCGGCGCACUCGUCGAUCUCCGGCACGACCUACGAGUGCCUCUUCGUGGACGAGAAGCUGCCCACGUGCGAUGUUAAAUGGAUGCUGAAUUCGAAGGAGGACACCGCAAAUUCGACGAGCGGUCGAGAAAGGAGGGAUUUGGACGCGAGGCUUGAUAAAGUUACCGAGUCACGACCGAGAUCUAAUUUCGACCCUUCCAAGGUGACGCGCGUCAUAGUUUACACCUUCGAGGGUUGCUUGCCGCCGAUAAGACGCGAUAGGUUGUACGUCUUGAUGCCACCCUGCGACGGAAUUUCCCUGGACAAGAUCGUGGGCGUGGAGAGAUUUUAUCCCUUCGCGAUGAAGGGCGCGAGGAAACCACCCCCGGUGCUCCCGGAAGUGACUCGUGACCAGUGGUUGCGCAUGAUGGUACGACUUCGAAAUCACGUAUCGUCGAAGGCACGCAAUUUUUUCUUCCAGAAGCAUCAUGGCGUCCCCGUUUCGAAGGAAGCAACCACCACCGAAUCUUCCUACGAGCUCGCGAAAGCCACUCAGCCUAAUGUUGGACCACAGACAGUUGAGAAAACAGAGCCAACCAUGGACAUCGAUCACGAACGAUCCUCGCCGUCUUUCAGCGACGUGGUCGUCGACGAUCAGGGAAAUAAAGCGGAAUCGCCACCGAAGAAGAAGUCCUUGAACCACUUCAGGCGAAAAAUUCCCAACAAAUACGUUCACCAGCGAGAAACGAUCGUCCUGGAUGGAGGAAAAUCAAGUUUAAGGGACAAAAAGGAGGAUCUUGUAGAGAUUCCUUCGGCUCCGUUCGCAAUCGAAGCGUCGAAGGCGUCCACCGCUACGAAUCCCAGCGUUUACAAGAAGAUGGCCGUUGACGAACCCUCGGACGACUUCGCGAGCGCUGGCGAUUCCGAGCGAUUCUCGAUGCUGUAAUUUAUUAACGCUGCAUGGAACCAUUCCUCGUCCUCGACAGGCAAAACCUUGCCCGAUAUCGUGGCCAAAAUUAUUAUCCGAAUCCUUACUCGAAUACUCGAAGACUUCAGUGAUUAUUCGACGAGUUGGACACUCGAGUAUUCGAAAGUAUUCAUCCCUUGUGCUCGAGGGGUCAAGUAUCAUAUUCGAACAGUGCGUGACUAUAAAUCAAGUGUUUUCAGUUUUCUCGAUCUUUUUAAUAGAACACUGGUAGUUUGGCAAAGGAAAUCUUAACGCGUUAAUUCUUUAACUGCAAGCAGUCAAAAACGAUGUAUUCGUAUACGUUUAUAUAUACUUGUAGAUUAAAGGAAAAGCGAUUUAAUUUACUUGCUAGUUGUAGGUAUAAACUGUGUGGUAGUGGUAGUGGAAUUCAUCGAAGAUGAUUCACGACAAAUUUUGUACGUUCACAGAAAAUGCACGAAGAAAUACUUUGCAAAAUAAAAUAUAACGUGGAUGUUUCUGCAAAUUCAUAUUUUCGUAGGUAUAGUAAAAUAAUCGAGGCAUAAAUGAAACCAUGUCUUGUUGAUGUUUUGUAGAAAUACACAUUCGGUAUAAAUGCAUAAAUAUUCACAGGCCAAUAAUAAUUAAUAUUCGAAGAAAUAUUCAAAGACUUUUCGAGUAUCUUAAUUAUCUCAAUCUAAUCGAAUAUAGUCCCAACUCUUGUUUCAGCCAUCAUAGAAAAUUCUUUCGAUACCGAGGACUAUUCCCAAAGAACACCCUUAAAUUACAGAAGCUUCCGGUAGGAGAUCGCUCCGAUCGAUGGAUCGUUCCGAUAACGUAGAUUCGUGUGAAAACGCGCGGAAAGUACGUUCGUUUCGUGUCUCUUUACGCAUAACGCCGACGCUUGGAACACAUGGCGCUCGGCCACGUGAUUAAAAAUUCAGCUACGCCGUUGGCCCCGACGCUUUGCUAGACCAGGAGUUUCGCGGUCCAACGGCGAAACUAAUAUAACUUUUAAAUUACUUGCCGGACACGCAUAGUUGGAAUUCCGAAAUGGCAACGAAGUGCGUUUACACACGCUCGCGUGUAAAACUCGCGUGCCGACGCACGCUUGGAAAUUACGCCAUCCGUGUGCGGCGCCGUGAGGAACUCGAUACAUCCCAGAUUUCCAGGGGUGCAGUGUCUGGGAUGGUUCACUCGGAUGAUUUUCGUAUUUUAACGAACCCGUUGGGUACGGUCUGGGUUGUAUUUGUAUUUGGAAGUUCGAGGUACGAGGUCGAAUUUUAUUAAUUUCGGGGUGGCUGCGUAGGACGAUAUUUUUGGUGGCGAAGGGUGGCAGGGUGAUGCUAGAUUUUCAGGGGUGUAGUGCCAUGGUUCAUUUGGUUGGUUUUCGUAUUUUAAGGGACGCGUUGGAUACAUGAUAUUUUUUGUGGUGAAAGGUGGCAGGGUGUCAUUUUUUCUCAGUUCACAUUAACAGUAUUGACACAGUGAAAGUACAGGGUGUCCCAAAAUAUAAGAUUCGUAGUGCAAGAAUCGUCUAGCAGAAACGAUUUUCAGCAGUACAGUGGUUUUUCGUUCACGGUCAUUAAUGAGGGUGAAGGUACAAUGUUGUUUAUUUUUAUUCAGUAACGAAUGCGCGAUGCAUUCUCGUCUGUAAAAAUUCUUCGACUACAACAGUAGUAGUACACGAGUCGAAGAAUUUGUCAAGCUCGCCGCGUCCUCGAUCCUGUUUGAAAUUUGGAAUGAAAUUUCUCACCGAAGACAAGCUGACAGAUUGAAAAGUGGUAGGGUUAAAGCCGAUGGCGUGCUCGCGUCGACGUUUACUUUGUUCUUUUUCUCUCUCUUUCCUCCCAAUCCGGCCGAACCACGGAAAACCCGACUCGAUUCCUUAUUCCCUACUCCGAUAAAUCAGUGUUUCUCAAGUUGCAUCUUCCCUCCCUUAAAAAAAAAAAAUAAAAUAAAA